UUGUUUUGCAUUGAAUAUGGCUGCCAUAUUUAGUUUAGAUGUCUGUUUUCAAAAGCGUAUCAGAAUUUGUGAUAAAUUCUACAUAAAAUUAUAGCGAAUUAACGUUGUGUUUGUCUAAUAAGACGGCGGGAUGUGUUGAAACUUCAGUGGACGUUUAAAAAAUUGCUGCCGUGCUGUUUUUAAGUUAAAAUGCUUGUGUUUACAUCGACUGUCUUGGACUUGUAUACGAUUUAUGGCAAUUUAAGGUAUUAUCAGUGACCUGGAGUCGGAAGUUUCAGAGGAGGGUGGUGGCGGGGACACCGCCUUUGUACCGGUAUCAAAUCAAGAUGGACUUACUUGUGAUUCCCAAGAAAAAACCAUGAGUGUGUGUUUGGAAACCAGCUCCGUGCUCGCCACUCAGGUGAGCACCUCGACGUCUCCUCAGAUUUCUGAAGAGGCUCCAAACGCGUCGCAAUCUGCACCAGAACAAAUCGAAUCAGCUCCUCCACAACCAACGCCGGUUAGGACAAUAGCAAAGCUUCCUACAGCUAAUGCUGCUUUAUCGAAAGCUUCGUUAAUAACUGUGUUGAACACUCCCUUGGGAAAUGUGAAAACUUUAUGUGUUACACCUGCAGUUUCAUCAAAUGCUACUGGUCAAUUUACUGUUGUUAAUUCAGCGACUCCAUUAAAUGUCGCAAAUUCAACUGGCAAACCGCAAACCAUUACUUUGAUCAAUACACCAGUUACCGUUGUGAAAACAAUUUCACCGAGUGUUGAAAAAAGUGCUCCUGAAGUCAUACCUAAUAGUUCAAAUGUUGUUUCCACUGGUGCAGCUUCGGUGCCAGCUCUGAUCGAAAAUCGGGGACAUAAUGUGUUUGUUAAAAAUACGACAUGUGCGGAAAAUGUUACGGUGGCUCAGGACGUACCACAAAGUCACAAAUUACUCACUGCGAAUACUUUCCCUACAAAUAAUGUUCUGACUACUGCUAUUAAUGUUAGCGAUGUUCAAAAAACAGCAAACGGUCAGAGAAACAAAGUAAAGAUUCUCAGCAAUGUUUUAAUGCCGGGUACGUCACAAGGUGCCGGUAAUGUCCUUUUGAAUAAGCCUUUGAACGUACCGCAACGUUACGUUUCUCGUCAGAAAUUACUUGGGGCGAAUAACGGUGCUACAACAAAAUAUUUAAGCAAACCCCCUAAUAAUAUAGUGAACAAGCAACCUGUUAACAUGAUAAAUAAACAUCAGCCGCAGAGAGUUCCAUAUCCGACACACAAAAGUCAAAUAAAGACACUUCCUCCUGUUAACAAUUAUUUACAUGGAAAACAGCCAGGUAUCAAAACUUUGCCACCACAUAAAGGGGUUCCAGGUCAAAUUCAAAGAACUGGUUCAGGUUUGAGGACUAUACCUCCUCAAAGGCCACAAAAAAUUGCCAAUAAACCAAACUAUAUCGGAAAACAUGCCGUACAAGCUCAAAAACUGAAACAACCUCAUAAAUUAAAAAGUAUGAAAGCUAAUCAGUUGUAUAACAAUUACCACGGACCUCCUGUACAAGAAAAGCAAAUGACGUUUACUCAAGCUUUAACAGCGGAAAUAAUCGAAACUUUGAGCAACAAAACUGGGAACAUGACGGGUUCUUAUUCGAACAAAAGUUAUGAAAGCUUACCUCCCAGAUACGAAAACUCAUACUAUUCGCCUGAAAUGAAACCAACAUUCUCAACUGAUCAGGCCAGACCAAUGGAGGAACGAAAUAAAUCUGGUUUGGACCUCAUCUACCAAGCGGUGCUUCUCGAUCAUAAUUACAAUGCUACUCUUCCACCUGAAUCUCCCAACAGGUCAAUAACUACACCUAACACACCUUCACAAAUAAAUGGAGUUUCCGGUAAUUCGAUGUAUUCACCCGGAAGUGGUAAAAGGAGGACUUUAUCAACUUCCAAUCCGAUUUCAUCUUCUACUAGUUUGUCAACAUUAUCGGCAGUUGCAAGUAAUAACAAUUCGGUCAUCGGUUUGCAAGACGACGACGCCGCCUCUGAUAUUAGUGACGGCUCUGAUCGUAAACAUGACACUGAAGGCGAAGAGACCGAUACCGCUCCGGAAGCAGAAGCCGUCAACAACGAGGAUCAGUUCGGUGAUUACGUCACACGGUGCAUUUGUGGUUUUAUCCACGAUGACGGCUACAUGAUCGAAUGCGACCGCUGUAAAGUAUGGCAACACGUCCAAUGCGUUGUUAAGAAUAAACAAGUCCCCGAGGAGUACCUCUGCGAAGUUUGCGAUCCUCAUAAGCACAUUGAUAGGCAAAAGGCCCGGAUGAUUCAACAGCAGUGGUUGCGAGAGAGACAGUUUACCGAUCCCAAGUUGCGGAAAGAUACUAAAUUAAAGGAGGUGUUCAAACAUAAGGAAACCUUGAGUGAUAGUGAUACGUCAGAUGGAGAGCAUCCAGGAUAUAAUAAUAAUAUUGUGGGGAAAGGACGGCCGACUUUGGUGAACAGGAGGAAGAGUGAUAGCCAUCAGAAGGGAGCGAGACAGAGGAGAGAUUCGGCGAAGGAGGUGGUGCAAAGAAGGCAGAUUAAAAAGAGGGAAAGAAAAGUCAUUAAGCGAAAAACGAAGGCACAACUGAAAAACCACAGUGACGAUGAAAACCACGACACUGUUGCCUCCACCCAUUUGCCACAACUCCGCCAGUGGAUUGAAAACUACGAAGAAGCUGUCACCAAUCACUACUCGCCCGAGCUUCGCGCUCGCAUAAGCAACAUUCGAGUGAAUGGCGCUCAUAACGAUAUUUCGAUUCAGUUCGAUCCUUCAGUCCAUAAAUGUCGCGUUCACACACAACCCUUGACCGAAUUGAAAUAUCUCAUCAGUACCGUGCACCUACCGCCAAAUUCACCGGUGAUUGAAUUACGCGGCAAAUACAUGUUAUCGGCACAACAUCGUAAUUCGGGAAGUACUUUCAACACGCGACAGCACGCUCAACGUCCCGGUCCGUUCCUCUUUUUCUACAAGUUGCACAAAGACAAUACUGAAGUGUGCGUUGAUACGAGGACAUACGGAAAUAGCGCACGAUUUAUCCGAAGAUCGUGUAAACCGAAUGCCGAACUGAGACAUUCGAUUGUGAAAGGUGUAUUGCAUUUGUAUAUUGUGACGAUCGCGAAUGUGGAUAAGAAUGUCGAGUUGACGAUUAAACACGAGUCGCAUGAUUUGGCUGCUAUUGGAACGACAAAUAUUGCGUGUGCGUGCGGAAAUCCGGACGAAUGUACGGUCAAUAGGACAAGUAUCAAGAAAAAUGGAGAGUCGACUGAAAUGCACAAGAAGAGGCGCGGCCGACGAACUACUUCUGUUUCUUUGUCAUCUGAAUCUGAAACUCCCAACAAGCUGAAAAAAGAAAUUUUGUCUCAGCCCCUCGCAUCCCCUCCUCUUCCAGUGAAACACGAGGAGGACGAUGAUGAAGAAGACGUCAAACCCGAAAUAGUAGAACACCCGGUUAAGAAUGAACCUGAAGAUAUUAAACCCGAAAUAAAAGAAGAAAUUACGGAACCGGCUACUGAAGACGUGAAAGAUGUGAAAGUGAAAGAGGAAGAUGUGAAACCGGUGACACCGUCGACUCCGACAACGCCACCGAUAACUACGAGACGUUCGUCGUCUCAUCACAAGGCGGAGAAGGAGGAAAGUAAGGAACCGGAAGUAAAGGAGGAUUUGUCACCUUCGACAGAGAAAAAUAAAAAUAAGAAGUUGAGUCGCGAAGAGAGGAAAUUGGAAGCCAUUUUGAGGGCGAUUGCUCAGAUGGAAAAAGCCGAUCAACGAAAACAGGAACAUCAGGCCAAACAGGCUCAUAGAAGGGAGUCGGAGCCGGGGCCGGGGAAAGACGAGGAGAAGACGGAGCCGAAAAUGAAGCGAAAAAGGCGAAAAGGUAGAGCGCGAACUUCCAGUACGCACACUCCAGCCAGUCGUCGAAAUCGUCUUAAUUCAACUGAUUCUUACCUCACUUCUGGCGAUGAAACAUUGCUUUCGCCACAUGACAGCGGUCCACCAAAUCGUUCUUCCAUGAAAGAUCACGAUUACAAAGAGAAUACUCACGGCAACCAACAAAACACUUCCGACAAAGACGUCGGUCUUCUUUUAGCACUUUCGAAUGGUGAAAAAGCGAAUAAAUCUCCACCACGUGAAACCGAUUCUAAUUCAAAUUCGGCACAAUCAUCGCCUGAAACACAUCUAUCGUCUGCUUGUCUACUUGUACAAGCCGCUGUUGAGCCGAUGGAACAAGGUUUUAAAUUUCCUAAAACGAAAAAAGGUUUAAUGAACGAAUGGUUGAAUAAAGUGCCAGAACCUGUACAUUCGGCUAGUUCAAUAUCGCCAUCGUCGCUAACGCCACAUAUCAAUACCAGCACUGAUUAUGACUCGAAUGUUGGUUUUUAUAAUCCGGGGAAAAGUCUUGUUGCACUUGCUCAAGUUGCCAGUUUUUGCGAUACGAAUGUACAACCGAGGGGAAGUGCGAAGAAGAGGUGGUUGAGACAGGCUAUUAGUGAGGAUCAGUGUGAUAGUCCGUCUGGUCGUCCCGAAUCUCCUCCAAUCAGUGAAACGAUAGCCCCUCCAAAGAAGCGCCGCUUACCGCGAGAAUCACUCUCAAAUGAUAUUACACCACCAUCGACACCAACUAGUUUAGCACCUCCAACUAUUAAUAAUGAACGACCUCCUGUUCAAGAAGGCUGUGUUGAAAUCGUGUAUAGCGGUCACGAUGAAGACAGUCCAACUCAAGCCAUUGAAUCAGAUGCAGUAUUAGAAGAACGCGUCGCUGAAAUGAAAGAAGAAUUCAGCAGUUGUAUUGUACCCCCGUUACAGGAGGUACCUCCACCUACAACUCGACCCGAAAUGCCCCCAGUUUCAUGUCUCAUGGAUCCUCGUUUAUCGAGGGAUCAUCAUCAUAUUUUCUCGAAUAGCGAUCAUUUGGUAGGCACUGUAGAAAAGACACUAAGUAUAUUAGGAUUUGAGGAAAGGAAGCCUGAACCGAUCACACCGGCCAAACGAAAACUUUCUAUUACUGAAUACAGACAAAGGAAAAAGCUCAAUAAUAACGAUAAAACAUCAAUGGACGAACCUGUUAGUACUGAAGAAAAUAAUUCUUCAGAGUCGUUCAAACCGAUGCGUUCAAGGUCAGAUAGUAUGAGCAGUUCAACGUCGAUCACUUCGUCGGAUGAUGAAACUCCCGCCAUCGAGUUGACUGGUAAAGCCCCGUCAGCAUUUAACUCAGAGCCCACUGAGCUCGAACGGCAGCGUGAAUUGACCACUUUGAGGUUGAAGAAGGUUUUAGGUAUUGCAGUGGAUGAAGAAAGUCGCAAACCAACUUUGGACGUGGAAGCGAUUUUAAAUUGUGAACUUCCACCGGUCGUCAAGGCAAUCCCGCCGAGUCCUAAUUUCCCAAUUCCGGGCAGUUGCGAAGUCAACCUAACUGCUUCAAAAUCGUCCCCGAUUUUGGAGAGUGCUCCCUCAAAUCCGGCUUCCGUGAGCAGUCCUCCAGCUGUUGAAAAGGAAGAACCGGAAAUUGAGAUUGAAGAAAUCUCAGAGAAGGAACCUGAAGUUGCCGUCAAACCGAAUAUGUUUUAUACACCAGAUGAGGAAGAGACCGCGACGGACGAAAAUGCUCAAGCCAGUUUUGAAGAAAUCGAUUCAGUGGAUUACGUACCGCCGUUUAAUAAUCCGGUCUAUCCAAACGACAGCAAUUUUACUGCGUUUGCGUCGGUUUUGGAUGAGGAGGGCCGUUACGAGGGUCGCAAUCCCUCGCCGCCCCCCGAUUUGGAAGCAGGUAACUCACCGUAUCCCAGCCAGCAGACGUGAACUGAAGGAGCUUUAAUUAGUUUAAAGAGGGUGUGCAAUUUCAAUUUUCAUACAACAUAUUUAUUUAAUUCAAGUAUUAAUUGUAAGCACAGUGUGUAUAUAGUUGUUUUUAUUUUUGGAGAUUUAUUUUUUAAAAGGAUAAUAUAUGUUAUCGAUAAAUAGCGAUGCGUAGGACCAGUGAUUAAGAUUUUUUUUUAAGAGUUUCGUUCUGAUUUUGCGAUUCAGUUUGCAGUUUGAAUUGAUUUAUCAUUGGUAAUAUAGUUUUUUUUUAUAUAUUUUUGUAGAUGAGGAUGAGAGUAUGUACACUUUGUAAAUAAUAUAUAUAUAAUUGAAUUUCUAUUGCUAAGCUGGAAUUAGAAAAUUGUUAUUUUUUUUGCGUUUAAUGUGCAACGUCAAUCACUCUAAUCAAACCUCUCGAAAAAUCUCAUUUGUACAUAUUAUAAAUUAAUAUUUGUAAUACUCGCGAGUUUGUGGCCAGUGAUUUGACGUUUGACACUGUUGUACAUGUAAUAAAAGUACAAAAUUAUUUAAGAGGUGAUCUCGUGUUUUAAAAAUGUAGAACUUCUGUUUUUAUUAAUUAUUACAAAUAGUUUUUUUCUUAGUGUAAAAACGAUUGUUAUUACAUGUUGGGUUACAUAGGUGAAUUUUCAAAUAACCAUAGAUGACAGUUUCUAGAAUUUAUCAUCAAAUAUGAUGAUAACUUUUUGUAAUAAUUUGUCUUUUUCAUGUUGUUUCAGUUUCGAACGGUUUCCACAAAGUGUUGAAGGGCUCGUCAUUAUGACAGUGAUUUAAAUUAAGUAACAAAAAUGACAUCACUGGUUUUGUUUGUGGAAGCCGCUCUGUACAUAUUACAUUUAUCAUAAUCUAUGUGUAAAUAAGUACAUUUAUAUAUGACUUUGUAAAUUUCGUACUACAAGCCCCAGUGUAAGUUUUGUUUCUCUAAUGGUACAUUCAGUUUUUCAUUUCUGUUUAUUUCAUCUAUAUUUCAGCCAUUUUUUGCAAUUGAUCUAGGGUCAGUUGCAUUAAAGACUGUUUGAAAUUUGUGGUAUAGAAUGUCUUUGCAGCUGCUAUUUAUUUCAGUUACCAAAAAUUGUACAAAAUUUCAUAAUAAAAUUUGUUAAAAAGAUAUAAAAAUAAAUUUCUUACAAUCAGUAUUAAUUCUAUAACGUGUACUGAAGUAAAUAACAGCGCAAAGUUGGCUAAAUUUGUCAAUGAAAUGUCAACGACUUUUAUUAUUACAUAAAUUAACUAUUUUAAUAUAUAAAUUAAAUAACAUGGCUGUAUAUAUAACUCGAUGUUGGUACGAAAAUCGUACGAAUUAUUAAAUAAAUUCAUUAAAAUUUA